AUGUACUCGUACACAUUGGAUGUUAAUGUCUCAGGCAACAUGAAGCUCUGUCGGCUUGUGGUUGGCUGCAUGCUCACCGGGUGGAGCAGCCGCAGCCAGUGCAAUGGUCCGUCUGGCACGCUGCACCUGCAUGCAUGCACCAGCACCUCCGCACUGGCAGCGCGGCUCGGCCACUCAGCGCUCGCCGAUGUGCGCUUUGCAUCACUGGCAACAGCUCAGAAGCUGCCUCAUCCUGGGCAACUGGAGCUACCCUGGCCCGACCUACGUGUUCGAGUUGCUGGUGGUGGUGGUACUGGUACUUGCGCCGGGCAGGGAGGGGAUCCCAAGGACGUGCGACUCUGUGCACUCGAGGGUUCCCAACGCUCCAACGCUGCCAUUGCUCGUAGCUGCUCGUAA